CCCGGCUCCGCUCGAUUCCCCGCGGCCUCCUCCCUCCCUCCCUUUCUCUCUCCUGCCCUUUGCCGCCUCCCUUCCAGCGCCGCAUCACGGCACCAGCCCAUUCCUCCCACCCCUCCCUCCCCCCCAUCCCCAACCUCCGCCCGCGCGCCGCGCUCUUUCCACCGCCGAUUCCACCACCUCUGCUCGCUCGCAUCGCAGCAUCGCUUCCUUCCCGGGCGGGAUAUUUCUGGUGCUAUUUCUGGGGGGCGGCCGCGAGGGCGGGUGACGUGACGCGGGCGACUUGGCCCCCCUCCGCGAAGACUUGCCGAGCAGAUCCGUCGGGGGGUGGACCGGCGGCGUUGGGGGAGGAGGAGGCCUUGAGGAGCGAUGCAGCGGGAGGUGGGGCCCCAGGUGGCCCCCCCGCUGUUCCUGCACCAGAUCCAGCCGCUGCCGCCCCAUGCCGCCGCGGCGAAGAAGCGCGCCCACCCGUGGCCCGCCGCCGUGGCGCCGGCCAGGGCGGCGGCGGCGGGGGACGGGAACUGGAACCCCAAGAUGUGGGACUGGGACAGCCGCGCGCUCAUCGCGAGGCCGUCCUCCGACGCGCUUCGCCUCGGCGGCGGUGGCGCCCAGGCCCAGCAGCAGCAGCCGCAGCCGGCCUCGGCGGCCGCGAAGGCGGCUGAGGCGCAUCGACAGGGAAACGGCGCGCUGAAUCUUCAGCUCGGGCUGCGGAAGGACGCCGCGACACCGAUGGACACCAGCCCGCCUGCCCCCGUGGCUUCCUCGCCAUCCCCGCCCGCUUCGGCUGCGGCGGGGCAGGAGGCUGUUGUUAGGCCGAGCAAGCGGGUCCGGUCCGGAUCGCCGGGGAGCGCUGGAGGAUCGGGAGGCGGUGGGGGCGCGAACGGAGGCGCGAGCUACCCGAUGUGCCAGGUGGAUGACUGCCGAGCGGAUCUGACAAGCGCCAAGGAUUACCACCGGAGGCACAAGGUCUGCGAGACCCACAGCAAGACCACCAAGGCGCUCGUCGCCAGCCAGAUGCAGCGCUUCUGCCAGCAGUGCAGUAGAUUUCACCCACUCGCGGAGUUUGAUGAGGGUAAGAGGAGCUGCAGACGUAGGCUCGCCGGACACAACCGGCGAAGAAGAAAAACUCAGCCAACAGAUGUGGCUUCACAGUUGCUGCUACCUGGAAACCAAGAAAAUGCAGCAAAUAGGACGCAGGAUAUUGUCAAUCUGAUUACGGUUAUUGCACGCUUGCAAGGUUCCAACACUGGUAAAGCGCCAAGCAUCGCUCCAAUACCAGAUAAACAGAAUCUGGUCGAAAUAAUAAGCAAAAUAAAUUCAUUGAACAACACCACCUCUGUUGCAAAGUCUCCUCCUUUAGAAGUUGUUGAUUUGAAUGCUUCGCAAGAGCAACAAGAGGAUUCUAUGCAAAAGACGGCUAAUGGAAUUGACAAGCAAACUGUGCCAUCAACCAUGGAUUUGCUAGCAGUUUUAUCAACUGGCCUUGCCACUUCAACCCCUGAGACAAAUACAUCUCAGUCCCAAGGUAGCAGUGACAGUAGUGGUAACAACAAGAGCAAGAGUCACUCAACAGAGCCUGCGACUGUUGUAAAUUCACAUGAUAAAUCAGUCCGAGCUUUUCCUGCUGCUGGUUUCACGAGAAGCAAUAGCACUCACGGAAGUCAACCUCAUACAUAUAUGCAGACAGAUCAAGAAACUCGGCCAUACUUGUCACUGCAGCUGUUUGGUGGUACUGAGGAGGACAUUCCUCCUAAGAUGGACUCUGCAAACAAGUACUUAUCAUCAGAGAGUAGUAAUCCUCUGGAUGAGAGAUCUCCUUCGUCCUCUCCACCUAUAACUCACAAAUUCUUCCCCGUACAUUCAGUGGAUGAGGAGGAUAGGCACCCUCAUGAUUAUGGGGAAGAUGCUGCAAUGGUUGAGGUUAGCACAAGUCGGGCAUGGUGUGCACCACCACUUGAAUUAUUCAAGGAUUCAGAUCGGCCAAUCGAGAAUGGAUCACCACCAAAUCCUGGGUAUCAGUCGUGUUAUGCCUCAACGUCUUGUUCAGAUCACUCACCUUCUACCUCAAACUCAGAUGGACAGGACCGGACUGGUAGGAUUAUAUUCAAGCUGUUUGGCAAGGAGCCAAGCACAAUACCUGGGAACCUUCGUGACGAGAUUGUAAAUUGGCUCAAACACAGCCCUACGGAGAUGGAAGGAUACAUUCGCCCUGGUUGCCUUGUACUAUCCAUGUACCUAUCAAUGCCAGCUAUUGCAUGGGAGGAGCUUGAAGAAAAUCUUCUCCAGAGAGUAAACACGCUAGUUCAAAAUCCCGAUUUGGAUUUCUGGAGGGAAGGAAGGUUUUUGGUUCGAACCGAUUCCAAGUUGGUAUCAUAUAAUGAGGGAACAACCCGUUUAUCGAAAUCGUGGAGAACAUGGAAUACACCUGAGUUGACCUUUGUGUCACCAAUUGCUGUUGUUGGUGGGCAAAAGACCUCUCUCAUUCUGAAGGGCCGUAAUUUAACUAUUCCUGGCACCCAGAUCCACUGUACCAGCACGGGGAAGUACAUAUCCAAAGAAGUGCUGUGCUCAGCAUAUCCAGGUACCAUAUAUGAUGAUUCAGGUGUUGAGACCUUUGACUUGCCAGGAGAACCAGAUCUUAUUCUUGGGCGCUGCUUUAUUGAGGUGGAGAACAGGUUCAGGGGUAACAGCUUCCCUGUUAUUGUUGCAAGUUCAAGUGUUUGUCAGGAAUUGAGAAACCUUGAAGUUGAGCUUGAGGAUUCACAGUUUCCUGAUGUCCCUUCAGAUGAUCAGGUUCACGACCCUAGGCAAUCAAAGCCAAGGGAUCAAGUUCUGCACUUUCUUAACGAACUUGGCUGGCUCUUUCAAAGGGCCGCUGCCUGUACAUCUUCCUCCAGACCCGAUGUUUCUGAUUUGGAUUUGAUUCAGUUCUCAACUCCUCGGUUCAAGUAUCUUUUGCUGUUCUCUAGUGAGCGUGACUGGUGCUCUCUUACUAAAACACUUCUGGAUAUCCUUGCCAAGAGGAGCUUGGUUAGCGAUGAACUAUCACAGGAAACUAUGGAGAUGCUAGCAGAGGUUCAUCUUCUGAACAGAGCUGUGAAAAGAAAGAGCAGCCGCAUGGUACAUUUGCUCGUGAAGUUUGUUGUAAUUUGCCCUGAUAAUUCCAAAGUUUACCCCUUCCUACCAAACUUUCCUGGUCCUGGUGGAUUAACUCCGUUACAUCUUGCUGCAUCAAUUGAGAAUGCAGAGGACAUAGUUGAUGCCUUGACAGAUGAUCCUCAACAGAUCGGUUUAAACUGCUGGCAGUCGGUUCUAGAUGAUGAUGGUCAAUCUCCUGAAACAUAUGCCAAGUUGAGGAACCAUAAUUCUUAUAAUGAGCUUGUUGCGCAAAAGCUGGUGGACAAGAAGAAUAGCCAGGUUAGCAUAAUGGUCGAUAAGGAUGAAAUUCGAAUGGAUCAGUCAGGAAAUAUUGGUGGGGUUCGAGCAUUGCAAAUACAAUCUUGCUCCCAGUGCGCCAUUUUGGAGUCUGGUGUGCUAAGGAAACCUUUGCGGUCACGAGGGUUGCUUGCUCGGCCAUAUAUCCAUUCAAUGCUUGCCAUAGCAGCAGUCUGCGUUUGCGUAUGUGUAUUCAUGCGAGCUUUGCUGCGGAUUAAUUCUGGUAGGUCCUUCAAGUGGGAGCGGCUGGAUUACGGUACAAUGUAAACAUCGAGGACGCCUGAGCCAUCUGGUAUUGUUAAGUUAACAAGCAGAGGGAAUGGAACCGCAUACUUUUAUUUAACUGUUUAAGUGUCCUUGGAACUCAAUCCAUGGAUGAGUGGCAGAAAGUACUGCUGAUGAAGGAAAACUCCUUCCCGGGGCAAAAGAAGUGUCAAUAGGUGAGGAUCUGGAGAUGUUAGAUGUGCUACAGCGAAAUUAAGGAAAAGUGGCAAAACUUGAAUCUGGAUUGAGCAGAGUUGUUGGCACAUGCUCUUUGUGGGGGAGGGACAUAGCAACUGUGCUCCCUUGCAAAUGCACGAGAUAGAUGGAAGCAAUCACAGUUCCUGGACGAUGAGUAAGUAACCUUGAUUUUGUUUUUUUGCUGGUGUAAGCGUGCGAAUCGCUUGGUUCAUGUAUCAAAAGAUGGUGUUUAAUUAUCUUGCUCACCUUUUGCUCAUUUUUUAUUUUUUGUGUAUUAAAUACUGUGCUCUAGCAUGGACGCGUCCUAUCUUGUCUUUAGAUAGUAGCAGGGGUAAAUGAGAAAGAAGCUUGCACAUCUGUAUCGUUCAUAGUGCCUUUGUAGCUAAAUAGAAAAAUAGGCAGAUUUGAAGUGUACCUGAAUUUCUACUGUUUUAUUUGACACCACCAUAACCCCACAAAAUUCUGUUCUGAA